GCGAGAUCACGACCUGAGCUGAAGUCGGACGCUUAACCGACUGAGCCACCCAGGCGCCCCUAUAAGUGCUUUUUAAACAUGCUCCCAAUGGAUGCUCUGUUCUAGCCUCCCAGUUCACAGGGAACACUAACUAGUUGCGGGGUUCUCCCUCAAGGCAGAUGUGAGCCCAGUAGGGAAUUAAGCAGGCAAAUCAGUUCUCAAAGACAAGCUAAGUGCUGACAAGGAAUCCCCAGAGGAAGCACAGGCGCCUAAUUCGUGCCCCUAGGUGACACAGUAAUUAUAAACGCUUCUGGCCCGUCUCUGGGGGUGGGUAGGGUUGAAGAUUCCUUUAGUUCCCUCACCGGAGGGGGAAGGAGAGAUCUCGAUUUAUUUUCCCAUCUGUGAAAUGGGGGGGACAAAAGUAGCCGGACUUGCGCUGGUGGGCAGUUUGGCCGCCUCGCGGGAGCAGGCUUUCCUUCUCCCUCCCCCAUCUUUCCCAUCUCAGCUUCCAAGGGUUAGGAAUUUGACGAUUUGAAAGUUGGUUCUCGGAUCGUCAGAAGACCUCCCGAAGCGAACCUUCAAGGGGCUGCAUCAGCACCAAGAGGCCGGAAAGGUGCUGGCGCCAACGUUCCGCGCGCCGACGUCCUCCCGCUCCCGGCUCCUCUCAACCUCCCGCUCCUCCUUCCUUCCAUCCUCCGGCUCCCCUCCUCCUCCGUCCCCGCCCCUCUCCUGCCCUCUCAUUGGCCGAGCUGGCCGGCCAGGCCUCCCCGGGAUUUAAAGGGCCCGCUCUCCGCGCCGCCCUGGGAACCGCAGCUGGUCCCGGCCUUGCGGCCUGCGGGGGAGGCUGCCCGGAGGAGGCGGCGACGGUGGCGGCGGCGGUGCGUCCCUGGCCCCCAGGACCGCGGCUUGCUUCCUGCCAGGUCUAUCCAUCUGUCCAUCCAUCCGUGGGGGUCAACAAUGGCCACCUUCAGCCGCCAGGAAUUUUUCCAGCAGCUGCUGCAGGGCUGUCUCCUGCCCACUGCCCAGCAGGGCCUUGACCAGAUCUGGCUGCUCCUUGCCAUCUGCCUCGCCUGCCGCCUCCUCUGGAGGCUUGGGUUGCCAUCCUACCUGAAGCAUGCAAGCACCGUGGCAGGUGGCUUCUUCAGCCUCUACCACUUCUUCCAGCUGCACAUGGUUUGGGUCGUGCUGCUCAGCCUCCUGUGCUACCUCGUGCUGUUCCUCUGCCGACAUUCCUCCCAUCGUGGCGUCUUCCUCUCCGUCACCAUCCUCAUCUACCUACUCAUGGGUGAGAUGCACAUGGUGGACACCGUGACAUGGCACAAGAUGCGAGGGGCCCAGAUGAUCGUGGCCAUGAAGGCGGUGUCUCUGGGCUUCGACCUGGACCGGGGCGAGGUGGGUGCAGUGCCCUCGCCCGUGGAGUUCAUGGGCUACCUCUACUUCGUGGGCACCAUCGUCUUUGGGCCCUGGAUAUCCUUCCACAGCUACCUACAGGCUGUCCAAGGCCGCCCACUGAGCCGCCGAUGGCUGCAGAAGGUGGCCCGGAGCCUGGCGCUGGCCCUGCUGUGCCUUGUGCUGUCCACCUGUGUGGGCCCCUACCUCUUCCCAUACUUCAUCCCCCUUGAUGGUGACCGCCUCCUUCGCAACAAGAAACGCAAAGCCAGGGGCACCAUGGUAAGGUGGCUGCGAGCCUACGAGAGUGCUGUCUCCUUCCACUUCAGCAACUAUUUUGUGGGCUUUCUGUCCGAGGCCACGGCCACGUUGGCAGGGGCUGGCUUCACCGAGGAGAAGGAUCACCUGGAAUGGGACCUGACGGUGUCCAAGCCACUGAACGUGGAGCUGCCCCGGUCCAUGGUGGAAGUUGUUACAAGCUGGAACUUGCCAAUGUCUUAUUGGCUAAAUAACUAUGUUUUCAAGAAUGCUCUUCGUCUGGGGACCUUUUCUGCCGUGCUGGUCACCUAUGCAGCCAGUGCCCUCCUGCACGGUUUCAGCUUCCAUUUGGCUGCGGUGCUGCUGUCCCUGGCAUUUAUCACUUACGUGGAACAUGUCCUCCGGAAGCGCCUGGCUCGGAUCCUCAGUGCCUGCGUCUUGUCGAAACGGUGUCCACCAAACUGUUCGCACCAGCAUCGCUUGGGCCUGGGGGUGCGAGCCUUAAACCUGCUCUUUGGGGCCCUGGCCAUCUUCCAUCUGGCCUACCUGGGCUCCCUGUUUGAUGUCGAUGUGGAUGACACCACAGAGGAGCAGGGCUACGGCAUGGCAUACACUGUCCACAAGUGGUCAGAGCUCAGCUGGGCCAGUCACUGGGUCACUUUUGGAUGUUGGAUCUUCUACCGUCUCAUAGGCUGAGGCACAUCUGUGGAUCCUCAAAGCUCCCUCAAGACCCCUCCUCAGGAUGGGGGAUGAGGGAAGGCCCUAUCUCUAAUUCUUGAUCCCUCUCCAUCCUUAACCCCCCCAACACUCCUACACACACACGCAGACACACACACACACACACACACACGCUCAUGUGUGCACACACAUACACACACACACAAUUUCCAUGCCUGUCUAUCCCCACCCCACCACAAGGCGGGAAGGGGGUGGUCCCUGCUGGGGCCUAGGGGUGGAGGAUGCUUGGGGAAUCAGAGAGGGGGAGAUCCAGGGCCUCCCCGCCUUCCUUCUCCCUUUUUAUAUACAGUUUGUUAUUGUCAAAUAAAAGUAGGAAAGAUACAAAA